GGUGCUGGCGACUGCUGGCUGCUGGCCCCGUGUGUACUCGGGCUACUGGCGGAGUGGCGCCUCACACCUCGCCGCCUUCAGCCGGACAGCAGCGAGGCCGCCAUGUUCGCCUGCGUCCGCUUCCUCCAGACCCAAGUGCAUCACAUCGUGCCCGUGUCUCAGAUCAGGAAUUUCCAGCCAGCCUCCAAGAGCGACUUCAACAAGAAGCAAGUGUACCGGUUGAUGCUGCCGCCGAUGUGCCCAGGGAGCGGCAGCGGGCCGGGAGAGUUGGAAAUAGGGGCCGCGGCCAAGGGGAGUCACAGCCGCAAGGCCCAGAUCCUGGCUCUGGGAGACAGCAGCCAAGAACUGGAAAAAAUUUUGAAACUGACAAAGUGCAAAAUGCCUAAAGUAAUUGAUAGUUUCAUUGAACUGUCUGAAUCAGAAGAGGGUGAAAGUGUUGAAGAUGAACCACAUCAAUCCAACAACAUUCAGGAACAAGCGUCUCAAAGCAUCUCCUGCUUUGAAGAUAGCAGUGAUGAUGAUGACGACGACGACCAAACACUGAAGAUUUUUGAUGAACUAAAACACAAAUAUUCUCGAGCCAAAGCUCACAAUAAAACGCUGACUCAGGAACUUAAAAAAGUUACAACAAAACUUCGGUAUGUUGAAGAAAAGCAAAAAAAUUAUGAACAUAUGGCUUCUGAGCUACAAAGGCUGAGAGACCUCAAUAUGGAUCUUCAAAAUGCACUACUUUUGAAGUUAUUUAGAUUACCAGAGCAAUACCAUGGUUCCAAUCCCGAGGAGGAGUUAAUUGACAACCCAUCUGCUCAUCAGCUCAUUUCUAGUCCUCCAGUAUCUUCAAUUCUGCAGGAUCAUUUGAAUAUGCAACAAAUAAUUUAUCCCUGCAAGAAAAGUCCACAUCCUCUUCUUCCAGCUCCAACUACUUCUGAGCAUCUGGAUAACCAGACCGAAAAUGGGAACAAUAUGGUAUCGUGUCCGUGGGCUGCUACACAAGCCAUUGCUCUGGCUCAACCCAGCGUCUACUCUGUCCAGGAUGGAAAGGUUCACAUUGGAGCUAAUAUAUGGAUUGAUGAGGACAAGUGGGAAACAGUGAAACGUCAGCCAAGUGAUUCAAGGUUCACAAAGUGUUUGGCUGUAGCCGUGUGGGGAGUGGAUACUUUGAAGGACAGAAGUGUCACUGGAAUUGCAUGCAAUUCAACAAAGUCAUCUCCUAAACCACCUCUUUCCCCUUACAAAGUACAGAUUAUUAAAGAACAAUUACUGAAUAGAAUACGACAAGAUGCCAAAGAUGAUAAUGAGAUCCAUAAGCGACUAAAUAAAGUAAAUCGAUAUAUUGGGGAAAAAAUAAUGGACAUUAAUAAGCAGUGGCGAAAAGCCAAAGCAGAAAUAUCAAAGUUAAGAAACUGUGAAUGUGAGAUGGGUUUAAAAUGUGAUAUCCAUGCACAUUGUGAGAGACCUGAGGUACCCAUCAAGGAAGAAAUUGAAACCUUUAUCUAUGAAUAAUCUAGUGAGAAUAACAAAGUUCUGUUCAUGGUGAUUGUUAUCUAAAAUUGUACAACUGUUAUUUGAUUACAGUGAAAUCUGUUUGUACUCAUUUGUUUACCAUAGAAUGGUAUUGCAGAAAAAUAUUUUCUACUGGUUUUUGUGUAACUGACCAUUUUAUGACUGUUAAAUCAUUGAAACGAGACGAUUAUAAUUUGUUGAAUUCUGCAAAACCAAGCUAUUUGGUCCAUUGCACCUCCACCAUGUAUCAGUGCUUGCUACUUCCCUUUCCUCCUGUUCUUCCUACUCAAGACUUUUAUACAGUAUGCAGUUAUGACAAAUUCCAAUGAACAGUCUUCAGAGCA